AUGCAACAACAUAUGAUUAAAGAAUUUAUUUAUCCAUAUGCUUUACCAAAACAUUAUGGAAGUUCUGGUAAACCAGUUGAACUUACACAAUCAACUCCAAAAAUUUUCACUCCAUUAACAGUUAAAGAUUUAACAUUAAAAAAUAGAAUUGUUGUUAGUCCAAUGUGUCAAUAUAGUAGUAUUGAUGGAUUUAUGAGUGAUUACCAUUUAGUGCAUUAUGGUACAUUUGCAAGGGGUGGUGCCUCUAUGAUUGUUAUGGAGGCCACUGCAGUAAGUGAUAUCGGUAGAAUUACGUAUGCAGAUGCAGGAUUAUGGAAAGAUGAACAAAUGGAACCAUUAAAAAGAAUUGUUAAUUUCAUUCGUCAAUUUGAUUGUAAAACAUCAAUUCAAAUUGCUCAUGCAGGUCGUAAAGCAUCAACUCAUCCACCAUUUUUAGGAAAAAGAAAUGAAAGUAUUCCAAUUGAUGAUACAAAUGGACAUGGAUGGUUACCAAUUGGACCAUCUGAUAUUUCAUGGGGUCCAGGUUCAACAGUGCCAAAAGAAAUGACAUUAGAUGAUAUCAAUAUUGUUAUUAAUCAAUUUAGGGAAUCAGCUGAAAGAUGUUUAAAAAUUGGUUUCGAUAUGAUUGAAAUUCAUGGUGCUCAUGGUUAUUUAAUUUCAUCAUUCCUUUCACCAACUUCAAAUAAACGUACCGAUCAAUAUGGUGGUGAUUUUAAUGGUCGUAUUAAAUUCUUAAUUGAUAUUGUUAAAGCUGUCCGUACCGUUUGGCCAAUGUCAAAACCAUUAUCAGUAAGAUUAUCUUGUGAAGAAUGGGUGAAAGAUGGUUGGCAUAUAGAAGAUACUGUUCGUUUAGCUAAAAUUCUUGAAUCUCUUGGUGUUGAUAUUCUUGACUGCUCAUCUGGUGGUAAUUCAAUUGAUCAAAAAAUUCAAGGUGGUCCAUUAUACCAAGUUAAAUUUGCAGAACAAAUAAAGAGAAAUACAAAUUUAAAAACUGCUGCCGUUGGUUUAAUUAAUAAACCAAAUGAAGCUGAUAGUAUUUUAGAAACCAAUAAAUGUGAUAUUGUUAUGAUGGCACGUGCUUUCUUAAGGGACCCAUUCUGGCCAUUACAUUGUGCUGAUGAAUUGGAUAUUGAUACUGAUGUAUCACUAGAAUAUUCUUUCCUUAAACCAAGAAUGAUGAGAGUUUCAGAUUCUAAACAACAAAUUCAUAGUCAUCAUAUUGAUGAAUCAAAAAUUACAAUUCCAUAA